AUGUAUUCCAUCCAGCACUCCAUCGUGACGGUGCCUUUCCUAACGGGAGUGCAGUAUGAAUACUUUCCCAUUGUGGCCACCUUCGUGGCAGGCUACACUGUCAUCGUGCUGGAGGAACAGACUGAGAUCAACAAGGCAGCGACUGCGCUCAUCUUAGGUGUACUGGUGUGGGCAUUGGUGGGCACAGGGGUGGACAUGACAUCGUCCGCCUUCGACGUCGCCAUCAAGGAGACGUUGGAAGAUGUCUCAGAGGUUGUCUUCUUUCUUCUGGGUGCCUUGACCAUUGUGGAGAUCAUGGACGCACAUAAAGGGUUCGACAUUAUCACAAAGCUCAUCCAAGCAAAGACUCAGCGCGAGCUUCUGGUCAUCGUGUCAGUUCUGACCUUCGUACUGUCGUCAGUGCUCAACAACCUCACUGUGGUCAUUGUCAUGGUAUCUCUUCUGCAAAAGCUGGUGAAGGACGAAGAUUUUCGGAUGAGGCUUGGUGGAAUCGUUGUGGUGGCAUCCAACGCUGGUGGAGCCUGGACGCCCAUUGGUGACAUCACAACUACGAUGCUCUACAUUGGCGGCCAGGUGACUACCGUACCACUGCUGGCAAAUCUGUUCAUCCCAAGCGUUCUUUGCUUGAUUGGCACAGUGGGCUUUGAGUUAACCAGAAUGGACGACAAGCCCUUCGAGCGAACACCAUCCAGUCCUGGGGAUGACGAGAUACCCAACGGUCAGGCAGUGGUGUUCUGGGGGGGUCUGAUCGGCAUGAUCACAGUUCCGGCAUUCACCGCCAUCACCCAAUGCCCAGCUUGGAGUGGGAUGAUGCUCGUCUUGGGUCUCCUGGGCUUGAUCACAUCCCUGUUGCACGAGCCGGACGACAACCGCUACUCGCUGAAGGGUGCUCUCACUCGUGUUGAGGUGCCUGAUGCUUUGUUCUUUUUGGGUGUUCUCUUCGCCGUCGGUGGCCUUGAACGAGUCGGGCUCCUGAAGGAGUUUGCCAUCCAGCUGAGUAACCUGGUGCCCUCUGAAGCCUUGGUCGCCAUUUUCCUGGGCUUUGCGUCUGCUGUGGUGGACAAUGUGCCGCUGGUUGCAGCUGCACAGGGCAUGUACGACAUUUCGGUGCACCCUGCAAAUGACAGCCUGUGGAACCUGAUCACGUACUGUGCAGCCACUGGGGGUUCGCUGUUAGUCAUUGGCUCUGCCGCAGGUGUUGCCUUCAUGGGCAUGGAGAGGAAUGUUUCCUUUGGAUGGUAUGUCAAAAGUGUGGCUCCUGCAGCACUUGUGGGCUACUUCCUGGGUGUUGCCGGAGUGUUGGGCCAGCAGGCUCUUGGACUGAGUGUGGCGUAG